CGGGAGAAAACCACGGACCUUUUUUGGCGGUACCUUGCCAACGGGGGAUUUUUAUUAAUAUCGGGGGUGUGUACACGGUACAUAAUUUAGGCGUAGAGGCCAUUAAUGGAGCUUUUGAGCUCUUGAAGAAGAAGCAAAAUACACACUAUUCUAGAGAGAGAAAGGAAGUGGGCAGGGGAGAGUGUAAAAACUGGCUUCCUCUAACAUUGAGGGGGAGUCUUCCUUUUAUAGGGGAGGAGGGGAAGCAUAUUCGGGGAAUAUUCUCUUAUUCCUCCAUUUUAUUAAACAAGUCCGGUUUGACUGUUCUUCGUAAAUAAUUGGGAAAUGUGGGCCGAGCCACGUAUUAUUUCCCAUCAAGAAGUCCUCCACUUUUUUAAGUUGUGAGAAUCAUCAACUUAAAAAAGUAAAUAAGUCCUCCGAGUGUAAUCUUCAGUCUUCGUACUUUGGAUUCUUGGCCAGUUGAUAUUAUUGCUAGUCCUCCGAGUCUUCAUUAAUUCUUUUAUUUCUUCAAUCAGAAGUUUUUCCUGCAAAAAAUAAUAUGUACAACAAAAAAAAUUUUGACAGGCCUAUGCCGUGCUCAAAAAAUUAUUAUCUUUACUGAGGAGCUCGGUGUUAGGGUGGUUAAAAUUCACGUGAAUAAUUAUCGUAACAAGAGCGAUGUCAGUUCGAUAAAGCAACAAUGCUUUGAGUAGUUAUACGACACCAGAGUUAGUACGAUGAAGCGGCGGUGCUUCAAGUAGUUAUUUCGUCGAGACCGAUGUUAGUACGGAUUAAGUAAAUAAUACAUAGCGAAAUUAGUAUAUCGAAGUAAUCGAUGUUACUUAAUACGAAUUAAGUAUGUUGCAGCAACUUUGUCGAAAAUCGAUAUUAGCCCGGCUAACUGAUGCAAAUAUCCUCAUGUCAUGUAGAGACCACUUCCGAAGUGCAUUGUUCAAAGGGCCUGAAGAAUUGGGCGUCCCCGAUAAGGGCUCAGCUGAGCCACCGGUGUACCCAAUUCGAUUGGGGUCAGACUUACGAGAAAAUAUGUGCAAGACCGGUGUGUAUAUCAUUCUUGGCCUAUCUCGCGCACAAGAAUGAUAUUUACCAGCGUGCCAGGCCGGGCCUGUGUCACAUAUUUUAAUAUUUUUUAUUAUACUGAGCAAGACCGGUGUAGUAACCAGCGUGCCAGGCCGGGCCUGUGUCUCAGUCUUCCUCUUUUUUUUAAAUACUGAGCAAGACCGGUGUAGUAACCAGCGUACCAAGCUCGGCUUGUGUCUCAGUCUUCCUUCUGAAUUCUUCCAAAUGGUAUGUACAAAUACCCAAAUUAUUGCUCCAUCAUGAUUGGUGCAAUGUAAGAAGGCCUCUUAUUAGUGGUGGGGCCAUGAUAAACAAGUGGGGGCUUAAUUUUCCCUCUUCUCGUGAUGCUCAAUGCACAUGGAUAUCUCAUCAACAUAAUAAUUGAUAAGAUGUCCCCCGCAUCUCUCCACUUUGUAUUCUUGCAUAUGGCUCAUCACUUUGUAUUCUUUUCUGGUUUUCUUUUUGAUGCCUUCGAAUCUUCCGGUCCCUUCUCAUGUGUCUUUCACUUAAAGUCCAACAUAGUGCCUUCCACUUUUGAGAAUGGACCCGAAUUUACAUUUCUUCUUUGAAUCUUCCCUAGCAAUGACAGACUUUAAGACUAGUGGAAAUGGAGACCUCAGUGGUGGCGAUGAUGACGGACUUCGAGGGCAUCAUCAAUAUGAAUCCUCUAGCGGUGAGCGGUCAAAGACGGCACCCGACAGUAACAAAAAUGGAACCAGCGGUGUGCACACCACCAGGGUCUUUUAGCCACAAAGUGGCGGAAAACGCUAACAAGACACAUCGGGGUGGUGGCGGUAGGUAUGUGAAGCUUUUCCAGUGGAGAUGGUGAGGAGACCUUAGCAGAGAUGGCCACAAAAUCAAUGCUCAUGCCGGGGAAGACAUGCUUUUUCGACAGCGGCCAUGAAAACUUCAGCAGCCGGAGCCGGCAGUGUCAAGGAAACUGGUCGGGGAGCCAGGGACGAAGUGUUGCAGGCGUUGUGGUAGCCUUUGAUUCCACAAGUGCCAGGGAGUUUUACGGCCUGCAUGACAUUGAUUCCGAGGAAUUUGAACAACGAUUUGUCGGUUAAACAAGUUGCAGAGGCACUAGAGCACAGCAGACGACCGCGGAUUGGUGGAGUUCAGGAAAUUGGUGUAGGGGACCAGAUCCGAGGCACACGGUGGAAGAUUAGUCUGGGAAUCUAUUGCCGUCGACGUUGACACCACCACCGCGGCUAUCACCAUGUCUGCCCACACAAUCCCAUAGCUGCCCAUAUAGAAAUACAAUUUCUGGUCGUCGAAAAGGAGGCGGAAUAGAAGGACAGCCGGGGACACCUUCAUCUUUGUUUGUGGUAGUCAAUGGGCCGCCCGCACCUAGAUACAAUUGCCGGUGGGGUUGGCGGCCAAGGGCGCGGGUUUGCUCUUUGCUAUAGGUGCGAUGUCAGAUCUGAGAGACAAUAGUGGCGGAAUUAUGUGGCCACAAUGGAUGUUGUUUCUGUAGGCGGCCGCGAUCUCGAUCCACCGGACGCAGUGGACUUCCCCGGCGCUUCAUCAUUGGAGCUCGACGAUGCCUGCUCCGCCGCACGAACCGCUGCCGGUUCCGAAUUCCGAUAUGCCCCUACCCGGCGCUCAGGCGCUGUAUUCGCCGCUGCCAGCCCUUCUGGAUGGGGAACUUGUGCAUCAAUUUCUUGCAAAAUCAGGUCUGAUCCUGCCGUGCUCCGCCUGGAAACUCCAGCCGAAGCCACCGAGUAUUUUGCUGUCGUCGACCACCAGAGAAGUGAGCCUCGUCAGAAUCGCAGCCUUGCUUGGAUUACCGGUUGAACUCGUCGGUUACAUGUAACCCUCGCCGAUGAAGAGGGCAAAGAAGUUCUACAGCCGCAUAGUACGGAGUAAGAAAUUGUGGUGCCAGUAUGCGAAAAGACACCACCCUUUUUCUUCUUCUUGCAAAACUCCAGGACCAAAACACAUGUUCUGUGUUCCAAAGAUAAUACUCCCUUUUUCUAGAUUCUUUCUUUUUGACACUCCAAAGCCUCGUGACCCUCGUCUCCCUCUUCCUUUUUGCAACUAUGACUCUUUAGGUUGUGCAAGAUGGGCAAACAAAAAUGGAGCUUUUUGUUCGGGUCCCACGGUCGGCGCCAAAAUGAUGGUGUAAAUUAUCGACCGGUAUACCGUUUUUAGCCCGGCUAAAACGAUAAACUAGUCUAAAAAUACACCAAAAUAUAAACACGAGGAUUUUGACGUGGAAACCCAAAUCGGGAGAAAAACCACGGGCCUUUUUUGGCGGUACCUUGCCAACGGGGGAUUUUUAUUAAUAUCGGGGGUGUGUACACGGUACAUAAUUUAGGUGUAGAAGCCAUUAAUGGAGCUUUUGAGCUCUUGAAGAAGAAGCAAAAUACACACUAUUCUAGAGAGAGGGGAAGUGGGCAGGGGAGAGUGUAAAAACUGGUCUUCUC